AACUAAUACAACUGGACUCGAUUUUGUACAGCUACAGUUUCUUGUCUGUAUUGGUAUCUUUUUUGCUAAGCAUGGACAAGGAGAAGAGAAGGUAUGGCUCAAAGACCUUAAAGAGGUCUUUGGUAUGGCUAUUCAGAGGAAGUUUUGAAGAAAGCUAUGGAUGAGAUCUCCAGCAAGAAACUUUCCCUACGCCAAGCAUCACAAAAAUACAACAUAUCCCUGGGAAGACUAUCGAAUAAAAUCAAAGGAAAACAUUGUGGUAAAGUUGGGGCUCCAACAGUUUUGAAUGAAUUUGAAGAAAAGAUUAUUGUGAACAACAUAAUCGCGGUUAGUGAGUGGGGGGUUUCCAAUUGACAAACUAGACUUGAGAUACCUCUGCAAAAGUUAUCUGGACAGAAUAGGCCGAAAAGUAAAAAAAAAAAUCCAAACAAUUUACCCUGUAAGGAUUGGGUGAACGGGUUCUUAAAAAGACACAGCCAGCAAAUAGCAAAUGUGUCAAAAUAUAAAGCGGUUAAGAGCUGGAGUUAGUGCCAAUCUCAUCUCACAAUAUUUUGAAAAUCUGAAGAAAACUCUACAAAAUGAAGAUGGUUCUUGGGUUCCACCAUCCAAUAUAAUAAAUUAUGAUGAAACCAACCUGUCUGACGACCCGGGAAGAAAAAGAUGUAUUUUUAAACGAGGAGUGAAAUGCCCUGAGAGAAUUCAGGACUCAUCCAAAAGCUCAACAUCAGUCAUGUACAGUGGACGUGCUGAUGGAGUUAUGUUGCCAGUCUAUGUAGUGUACAAAGCAGAAAGAAUGUUUGACAUGUGGAUGGAGGGAGCUCCAAAGGACACCAGGUUCAACCGCAGCAAGUCAGGGUGAUUUGAUGUUGAUUCUUUUGCUGACUGGUUUGAACAAACAUUGAUUCCAUUUGUGAAAAAGAAUCUCAAGGGAAAAGUAGUUGUGCUCGGUGACAACCUCAGCAGCCAUUUUUCAGAGAGGGUCAUCAAAUUGGCAGAAGAAAACAACAUUGCAUUCACUUGCAUGGUUCCAAAUAGUACACAUCUUCUCCAACCACUGGAUGUGGCAUUGAAGAAAACUUGGCGCAAAUUGCUGGACCAUUGGAAAUCAACCCAAAAGAGAAAGACCACUACAAUUUCGAAAGAGGACUUUCCUAAGCUUCUGAAGAAGCUCCAAAAUGCCAUUGCAGACAAAGCUUCCAGCAAUCUACAAGCUGGGUUUUGUAAAACUGGGAUUUUUCCCUUUGCUCCAGAAAAAGUACUUCAGCAGCUGCCUGAUGGAAGACUUGACAAUGACAUAAGCUUUGAGGAUGCAUCAAAAGGAGUUUCUGAUUCAGUUUUAGAACUUCUUAAAAAGAUGAGGGGGGGCUCUGAAACAACCAGAAAACGCAAGCGUAAGGUUGAUGUGCCUGCAGGCAAGAGCAUUACACUAGCUGAUCUCAACUGUUCAAUUCAAGAAUCAAAUGAACCAGCAUCAAAAUCACCACGUGGCCAGAUACUUGAAGAACUGAAUGACAGUGAUAGUGAUAACAGUGACCAACAUAAUGGCAGUAACGAACAAAAUGACAGUUACAGUGACCAACUAGACAAUGAAAAGCAAGAAGUGGAAUUGCAAGUACCAGACCCUGCACCUGUUGAAGUUGAAGCUGGCGAAUUCUAUAUUGUUAGAUUUGAGACCAAACCAUUAGCAUCCUAUGUAUUUUACAUUGGUCAAGUGAACUGUAUUUGAAUGCAGAAUUCUCUGAAUUUAUUUUUUUAAGAAAGAGUAGAAAAGUGGACAAUGAAUUUAUCUGGCCAUUGGUUGAAGACAGAUCGAUUGUUAAAUUAGACGAUAUUGUAAAAAAAGUAAAGAUGACACCAGUGAGAAGAGGUGGAUUCAUUAUUGAAAAGAACCAAAUCAUUAAUUUUGGUAAUAAACUCGAAUGAUCCACCUCUUCUUGCUGGUAUCAUCUUAUGAUACAUUUUGCAAUGUUGAAUAAUUUUGUAAUUUCAUAAUAUUGGCAAUUUCA